GAUCAGCCCCAUUCCUUCGGACACAUUUCAAUUUUGAGCGCGAAAUUUGACCUUGGUCGAUUUGAAAAAUUAUAAAUAUCCAACUAUUUUAUCUGCUUCGAUCCAAGAAAAUUUUCCACUAUUUUUUAUGGAUGGGUUGUCACCUUCGUCAGUCUUAUUAAGUAAUCAUAAAAAUCAUAACCUAUAAAAUACACGAAUGCAAUGCAAAGAUAAACACGUAAGAUGAGAUAAAACUAUCGGUACGUGUACGAAAAUGGAACUGGUUUGCAAGAUUCAAAACUACGAAUGGGGCAAAAUUGGCAGUCAGAGUAAGGUGGCAUUGCUAUUUAAAAAUGCCAAUGAAGACUUCACUAUCGACGAAAGUAAACCUUACGCAGAACUAUGGAUGGGGACACAUGUAAACGGACCUUCGUGCGAAAGAAACACUGGUCAGCCCUUGAGCGAAAUCAUAGCUAAACAUCCCGAAUACUUGGGUGAAAAGGUAGCCAAAGACUUUAAUAAAGAACUGCCUUUUUUAUUUAAAGUUUUAUCUGUGAAUAAAGCUCUGAGUAUUCAAGCACAUCCAAGCAAAAAACAUGCUGAAGAACUGCAUGCCAAGUUUCCUGAUGUAUAUAAAGACCCAAAUCACAAACCUGAGAUGGCUGUUGCACUGACUCCUUUUGAAGCAUUAUGUGGCUUCCGACCCACAUGUGAGAUACACAGAUUUAUAGAAGAUAUUCCUGCUCUCAAAAAACUACUAUCCGAUUGCCUCAGUUUGCAGAAUCAUGAAGAAUUUUUGAAAAACUCAUUCAGAAAAGUCCUCACAACUGAUAAAGUGACUAUGAAGACCACUAUAGAAGAACUAAUCUCUUGGCUAAGAAAAUUAGAUGAUAAUGAUCAGAAAAAAUAUUUAGCAGAAUUAGUACAGAGACUCGACUCUCAGUUUCCUAAUGACAAUGGUAUCAUCAUGGUUUACUUUUUAAACUACUUGAAACUUGAACCUUCUCAAGCGCUCUACUUAGAAGCAAAUGAUCCUCAUGCAUAUCUGUCAGGUGAUUGUAUGGAAAUAAUGGCUUGUUCAGACAAUGUUGUCAGAGCCGGCCUUACUCCAAAAUUUGUUGAUGUUGACACACUCUGUUCGAUGCUCAUCUACAAAGGGCAGCAGCCCAAAGAUAAGUUGUUUCAACCCAUCAAGGAAAAUGAACACAUCUCUUUGUUCAAACCUCCUGUCAAGGAUUUUGCUUUGGUUGAAAUCCGCCUGCCCAGUUCAACAAGGGAGUAUAAAGUUGCACCUAGGGACAGUGCUAGUAUCAUUCUUGUUGUAGAAGGACGUGUUAAGACGAAUAUUUCUGAUCUUAAAGCUGGUUCUGUUCUAUUUUUGCCUGCCAAUAAUGUACUUCACAUAAGAGAAGUUUCUGAAGAUGUUUUACUGUAUCAGGGAUUAGCAAAUGUUUUUUAAUUUGUGCGUGUCGAGGUUUUUAAAGAUAUGUAAUAUAUAUUUUACUUAGGAACCACGGCUUUUAUUAUUGUUGAAACCUUCAAAAAUAUUGUAACGCCCUCA